AUGCCCAUUGCCCACCAUGGCAGACAGUUGAUUUGGUCAUCAACUCUCCUGAUCUGCUUCAACAGCUGUAAGGCUAAACUUGUAGUCCCUCAGUUGUGCACACAGCUCAUGGUGAGAAGGGAAAAGGGGACUUGAAACUAGGACAGGAGCAGUCUGGCCGCUUUCCCGUCGAACCAGAGGCACAGAUUUACGACAGGGGAGAGAAGACACUGGUCUUAGUCAGGGAGGAGACUUUCUUGGAAGCUUGCUGCAGUCACUGAGAAGAGAAACCCCUGGGACACAGACCAGUGUCCACAUUGCAGAACAAUUUGAUUAAUUUUUCCCUUUUUUUAUAUAUCGAGGGACGAAUAUUCACUGAACAGAAAUCUCAUCACCUGGAAACAUGCACAAGCGCACAAAGAUAAAGAUUGCCAUCUUCGUGCUGCUGGUGGGUAUGGCUUGCACGUUCACAGCGGUGGUGACGGACCACUGGGCCGUGCUCAGCCCAAACGUGGAGAGAGUCAAUGAGACCUGUGAGGCGGCCCACUUUGGCCUGUGGAGACUGUGCAAGAAGCAUAUUUACAUUAGCUCGGAAAACACCGUGGAACAUGGCUGCGGACCCAUCAGCCUGCCUGGAGAGGAAAACUGCACUUACUUCGGGCACUUCACUUCAGGGCAGGGCACUGAGAUAUUUGAGUACAAAACACAAAAAGAGUACAACAUCUCGGCUGCAGCCAUCUCCAUCUUCAGUCUGGCCUUCAUGAUCCUGGGCUCUCUCUGUUUACUUGGAUCAUGCACUGGUAAAGGCAAAGGCAGAGACUACCUCCUCAAACCUGCCGGCAUGUUCUUUGCGUUCGCAGGCCUCUGCCUCUUCAUCUCAGUGGAGGUGAUGCGUCAGUCAGUGAAGCGGAUGAUCGAGAGCGAGGACACGAUCUGGAUCGAGCACUACUACUCCUGGUCCUUCGCGUGCGCCUGUGCCGGCUUUGUCUUGCUCUUCCUCACUGGCAUCGCCCUCCUCCUCCUCUCCAUGCCCCAGAUGCCCAGGAACCCAUGGGAGACUUGCAUGGACGCUGAGCCGGACCAGGUGGAAUGACAGCCUCACGGACGGACAAACACGGGACGAUCUUUCUUUUUGUUUUGAGAACAGAUGUUGGAUUCAUUUCGAGAACAAGGGCUGGCAGCCAUGAAGCCGUGAUGACAGAGACUCGACAAUAGCCAUCGUGGGAAGAAUAAUAACAUAUAUACAUAUAAUAUAUGUACAUGUAACAAAAAUAAGUAGAGUUCUGAAUGCUUGCCCUAAAUCAAGUAUGUGUCCAAUACACAGGUCCUGUCCGACACCUGCGAAUGUUCUGGUCUCAUGUUGGAGACUUUUCAAUUACAAGUUAAUGUCCUGAGUCAAUGGUCCUGUUUGGUCCCAUUGUUACUAUCACACACACCUUUGCCAGAAAGACAAUAUGAUUUUGAGAACAUAGUUAAAACACUUAUGGCCUGACAACAAGGAUACUUGAGUUUGCAUGUAUGCACUGCAUUAUGUAUGAUAUCCUGUACAUAUUUAAUCUUCUGCUGCUGAUCGUUGUAUGGCGUCGCUCUUGUGAUCUCUCACUUACAGUAAAUAAGACAAGUCUGCAGUACAAGUCAAGUGGAAUAUUAAGCAAAGCAAAAACACAGAGGUUUGCGUGUGACAGGCUGAAUUCUAAACACCCAUAUAGUCACAGUACAGCACUGAUCACGCAGGAACAGGUUUAGUUCAAGCAGGUGCACAUACAAGCCCUUAUACUUUUUGCUGACAGCUUUAACCCUAAUGUGCAGACAGUUGGAAACAUGUAAUCAGAGUGUCAGCUUCAUUUUAAUUCAAGUUUAUUGUAUUUGUGACAGGAAGACACGUCGCUUUGUUUCAGAAUCAACUUCGAUUGCAAAUCACACAAACAAAUAUGACACAACUCUAUUAAUCAGCUGCAAGUAGCUCAAUGCAGCUUGAAGUGGUGGAGUUUCUCAAACCAAUGCUGCAAAUGAAGUGGAAUAUUUUUUAACUCAGAGAGCACAUCCCUAAGCCGUCCCUCUGCCAUACCUCCCCUAAGGCAGAAUGUUAAAGAAGGUUGUGGCAGUAGACCAUGCCACGGGGUUCCCAUCAUGACAGCCAGAGACAAACCAGUUCACCCAUUCAGUGCUCAGCAACAUCUCUUUAUUGCAGGCCACCAGAACAUACAAAACAUGGAACUUAAAUGGUCCAGCACUUUCUGCUGGACCUUCUGCUUCACCAGUGUGUGUCCUCCUGAGGCAGCUCUGCUGCUGCCUUUUCAAGUCUGAGGAUCAAUCAGCUAACAGCUCUCACCUGUGCUGACUGAUCCUCUGUGGUGCAGGUGAAGGUGCUCUCUCCGCCCCUUCACCUCCACAAAGGUAAAAAAGGUUAAUCUUUAGAUUCUCAAGGAAAUCUGUUUUAGCAGUUUUUUGUGUAAUGCUGCAGACAUAUCGACAGACAGCAAUGAAAACACAACCUUGGUGGAGGUAACAAAGAAAGUGGACUUGUAGUUUUUGAAUGCAUUUUAUAUAACGUUCUACAGUUUGAAUAACAGCUUUACAAAUUCAACAAUAAGAAGGUGAAAAUGUGGACCAUGCUGCAUGGCACAGUUCUAAUCUUUUUUGCAGUACAAGUUCAAGUAAAACUACUGCUGGACCCACACCGCCACAGACUUUAAAGUAAACUUUUUCCGAGGUAGACCAUGCAACACCACAACAAAAUAAAGAUAAUUCAGGGGGCAAACAAAAUGAAUAUUUGAAAAGUACAGCGCCUACUUCUGCCAAGGCCCAACAGUUGCCUUAAAUUCAAUCAAGCUACACCACACUCACAUAAAUAUGCUUGAUUUGGGGAAAUUGGGGAAAACAAAGACCUGAAUAAUAAGUAAUCCUGCUCACAAACAAACAAACAAACAAACAAACCACAGACCGGAGCGAAAACAUAACCUUUCAAUUCAUGCUCCUCGUGUUUGUCCCUGUAUGAUCUUACAGUCUUGCUGUACUGUCAAUCUCUAAACCAGACCAUUUAUUUUUACUCUACUUGGUAUCUCCCAUGACAUAACUGCUAGCAUUCUGUCCAUGUGUAUGUAAGUGAGCAAUCCAGGAGUGAAUGUAUUUGACCUUUCUGCGGAGGUGUCAAAGUGUAUAACUUCACUGUCAGCUGUUUAUCUGUUAGUGAGAGCUGCAUUCAUACAGUAUAUGAGCUUCUUCAGGGCUGAUGUCCACUAUGGUUUAUUUCUAUGUUUCCUUCUUUUCACUUUAACUUUUUUAAAUUUCUUCACUGACAAAAAAGAGUUAACUGCUCAAAUAAAACAGAGAAAAAAAAAUCAAACACCCUUCGUAAAGUAAUGAAACCUGCUGAUGUGAGCUUUCUAUAUUGUUAGUCUUUCUUAUGUUUUUGACUUUUCCAUAGAACAUAGCAUGCAAUCAAACACACUGUAGGACUAAGAACUAAUGUGUGGAGUGUUCUUUAAUGAAAAUUAAAAGUUGGUGAGCUUUGGAAAACUCUU